GGUUCUUCUGUCUCCCGCGGACUCGGCAGUUGGGCGGGGGCAAGAGAAAGGACUAGGCGGCUCCUCCAAACUUGGGGUGGUUAUCUGAUCUUUACCUUUUACAUUUGCACAGGCUUACGAGGUGCGCGUGCAACUGUGUCGCAUGCAUAUAAGGCUUGGCGGUCAAGUCAGGGUAUUUAGAGCGUCGUCUCCUGAAGACGACGCAUUUGUUCGCAGUCGCCCCGCUCCGCCAGCAAACACGGAAUCAUUCCCCCAACUGUGCCGGUCCCUUCCGGGGAGGCCUUCCUUCCUGCACGCAGCUACCUGGCCUCCCCAGGUGCCCUGUUGACGCGCCGUCCCCCUUAGGCCCGCGUUCCUCGCCUAACAGGAACCGAUUCGACUUAUUUGCCAUUUGCUCCAGGGUCUCACUUUCCUUCUGCUUCGCAGUGGACAAGUUUCAAACCCCGACCAAGCCAGGAGAGCCGAAGCGGACCUUGCCGAAGCCACCCUUGUCCCCGAGACCGAAAAUGCUGCGUAAACUCUACGAGCACAUGGGAGCUAAAGAAGAAUUUGUUAAAGUCAGAAAGAAAGACCUGGAGCGGCUGACCACUGAAGUGAUGCAAAUACGGGACUUCUUACCAAGAAUACUAAAUGGGGAGGUACUAGAAAGCUUCCAGAAAUUAAAGAUUGUAGAAACAAACCUGGAAAGGAAAGAGCAAGAAUUAGAGCAGCUGAAAAUGGAUUGUGAACACUUUAAAUCUCGCCUGGAAACCGUGCAGGCUGACAGCAUGAGAGAAAAAAAGGAGAAACUGGCUCUUCGACAGCAGCUGAAUGAAGCAAAGCAGCAACUCCUGCAGCAGGCAGAGUAUUGUACAGAAAUGGGAGCGGCAGCAUGUACCCUCUUGUGGGGUGUCUCCAGCAGCGAGGAAGUCGUCAAAGCCAUUUUGGGAGGAGAUAAAGCUUUGAAGUUUUUCAACAUCACUGGUCAAACAAUGGAGAGUUUUGUGAAGUCACUGGAUGGUGAUGUUAAGGAGCUCGAUUCGGAUGAAAAUCAGUUUGUUUUUGCUUUGGCUGGAAUUGUAACAAAUGUUGCUGCCAUCGCAUGUGGUCGUGAAUUCUUGGUUAACUCUAGUCGGGUGCUCUUGGACACCAUAUUGCAGCUCCUGGGAGACUUGAAGCCAGGACAGUGUACCAAACUCAAAGUGUUGAUGCUGAUGUCCCUGUAUAAUGUGAGCAUCAAUUUGAAAGGCUUGAAAUACAUCAGUGAGAGUCCAGGAUUCAUCCCUUUGCUGUGGUGGCUUUUGAGUGACCCAGAUGCAGAGGUGUGCCUUCACGUGUUACGGCUUGUCCAGUCCGUGGUUCUGGAGCCAGAAGUCUUCUCCAGGUCGGCUUCUGAGUUCCGGAGCUCCCUGCCCCUGCAGCGCAUCCUGGCGAUGUCCAAGAGCCGCAACCAUCACCUGCAGACAGCCGCCCAGGAACUCCUAGAAGAUCUCCGCGCUCUGGAGCAUAAUGUGUAGGUGCGCUCUGCCACCUAGGGGUUUGGUGAAAAUGCCAGUGUCCCUUCCCCUGCCCAAGUCCCUCAUUUUGUAUUCCAAAACCGUCACCAUGUGCCAUGUGUUAGAGACGGCAGAAUGCCAUUGACUAGAGAUGGACGUAAGUUUUUAUAUAUCCCACAUCACUUCCUCCUGGAAGUGAAAGUACUUGGGGUGGGUGGUUACCUUGCCAAAGGGGAGGCCAUAAAAGAAUCCAUCCUUCUGGAAAGGUCUAUACUACCAGGAAGAGGGCUUCCUCUGAGUAGUUCCUCACUGCUCAGCAGACUGUCCAUGACCUAUAGGCUCACCCAUAAAAAUGGGAGGUUAAAUAACCAUCUACCGCACUGGUCAGCAUUUUUCUGAGAUACCGUUCUUUAAAAAAACAUUCUUUCUCUAGUAAUAAUAAUUAAUCCCUCCAAAAUGCAGGUUUACCUUUAGGACAUUUUGGUGAACCUACUAUUUCAGAUUACAUUGGACAUUUUAGUUCUAUACUUUUUGUACCUCUUUUAUUUUUGAAUAAAGAAAAUCAGAGAGUUG